AUGGCUACCGACGCGUCCACCAAGCGUGCUGUGAAGGAGCAGCUUGUGGAUAAGCUGCCUAAGCGAUUCAAGGGCAUCAAAUUUGGCAUUCAAUCCAACCAAGACAUUGCCAAUCAAGCUGUCCUCGAGGUCUCUGACCGCUUGCUUUACGACAUCGAGAAUAAUCGCGCCCCAUAUCGCCAUGGUCCUCUCGACUCCCGACUGGGAACCUCGAGCAAAGCAGGAAAAUGUGCUACCUGCGAGCUAUCGCUGUCGGAGUGCAAUGGCCACUUUGGUCAUGUCCGCCUCCCGUUGCCGGCCUUCCACGUCGGCUACUUGCGCUUCAUCAUGUCUAUCCUGCAAGAGAUUUGCAAGGAUUGUGGCCGAGUGUUACUGGAAGAACCUGAACGACGGCAGUUUCUUAAGGAGUUGCGGCGACCGUUCCUCGAUAACCUGCGCCGAACGCAAAUAUGCAAAAAGAUCAAUGCAGAAUGCCGAAAGAUCAAGACCUGCCCAUACUGUGGCUCCAUCAACGGCCAGAUUCGAAAGAUUGGUGUCCUCAAGCUUGCCCACGACAAGUUCUCCUUUUACAACAAGUCCACCUCGGUGAAGAAGGUCCCCCCCGAGAGCAAGAUCAAGUUCGACAACUCCUUCACCGAGGCGAAGCGCGAGAACCCUGAGCUCGAUAAGCAUCUUCGAAAGGCUAUGGAGGAUCUGAAUCCGCUGAGGGUUCUCAACCUCUUCAAGAUGAUCAGCCCUACUGACUGCGAGCUCCUUGGCCUCGACCCUGCUGAAGGUCGCCCGGAAAUGUUUAUCUGGCAAUUCCUUCCUGCUCCUCCAGUUUGCAUCAGGCCCUCUGUUGCCCAAGACAAUGCUAGCAAUGAAGACGACAUUACCACCAAGCUCGCCGAUAUCGUCUGGGUUAGCGGCAUGAUCCGAUCCGCCCUGCAAAAGGGCUCUCCGGUUCAGACGAUCAUGGAACAGUGGGAGUACUUGCAGACUCAGAUCGCUAUGUACGUCAAUAGUGAUGUUCCUGGCCUUCAGCAGCCUGGAUUCGGUAAAGCUACAAGGGGCUUCUGCCAACGUCUGAAGGGCAAGCAAGGCCGCUUCCGAGGAAACCUCUCCGGAAAGCGAGUCGACUUCUCUGGAAGAACCGUCAUCUCUCCUGACCCUAACCUCGGUAUCGAUCAAGUGGCUGUCCCUGAACUUGUCGCCAAGAACCUCACCUACCCCGAAAGGGUACAGCGACACAACAUCGAGAAGCUCCGCCAGUGUAUCAAGAAUGGAGUCGAUGUCUGGCCAGGAGCGCAGCGAGUUGUCAAGCAGGAUGACGGUGGCUACUCGAUCAACUUGAAAUUUGCCAACAGGGAUAACACAUCCCGAGAUCUCAAAUAUGGAGAUGUCGUCGAGCGUCAUUUGGAGGACAACGACAUUGUGCUCUUCAACCGUCAGCCGUCCCUGCAUAAACUGAGUAUCAUGAGCCAUCUUGCAAAGGUUCGUCCUUGGAGGACAUUUAGGCUCAACGAGUGUGUUUGUGGACCAUACAACGCCGAUUUUGACGGCGAUGAGAUGAACCUCCAUGUUCCGCAGACAGAAGAAGCUCGUGCUGAAGCCAUCAAUCUGAUGGGAAUCAAGCACAACUUGGCGACACCCAAGAACGGCGAACCUGUCAUUGCUGCAACCCAAGAUUUCAUCACGGCGGCUUUCUUGCUUAGCAGCAAGGAUCGAUUCUUUGACCGCAAGACCUUCACCUACCUUUGCAUGCACAUGAUGGAUGGUAAAACCCACCUUGACAUGCCUCCGCCCGCCAUCAUUGCACCGCAGGCUCUUUGGACCGGAAAGCAGCUCUUCAGUAUGCUCAUGCGACCCAACAAGGAUUCAAAGGUCAAGGUCAACCUGGAUGCCAAGUGCCGAGCGUACAAGGCCCGACCCGGCCAAUGCCCCGACAUGGACCCCAACGACGGCUGGCUUGUUGUACGCAACUCCGAGGUCAUGUGUGGUCGCAUGGACAAGUCUACAGUCGGAUCAGGCAAGAAGGAUUCGAUUUUCUACGUCAUUCUUCGUGAUUUCGGCCCUGACGAAGCUGUUAUCGCCAUGAACAGACUUGCUAAGCUGUGUGCGCGUCAAUUGACAAACCGAGGCUUCUCCAUUGGUGUUGGAGAUGUCUUCCCAACCCAGUCGCUCAACGAUGAGAAGGAAAAGCUGGUAGCGGUCGCCUACAAACAGUGCGAUGACCUCAUCGAGACCUUCAAGGCCGGCAAACUUGAGAAGGCGGCUGGCUGCAACCAGGAGCAAACCCUGGAAAACUCCAUGUCUGGUAUUCUGAGCAAAGUCCGACAGCAAGCAGGUUCAUACUGUGUUGACACCCUGAGCCGCAACAACGCCCCUCUUAUUAUGGCCAAGUCUGGCUCCAAAGGUUCAGAUAUCAACGUGGCGCAGAUGGUUGCGCUUGUCGGACAGCAGAUUAUCGGCGGUUCGCGUGUGGCGGACGGGUUCCAGGACCGAACUCUUCCGCACUUUCACAAAAACGCUCGACAGCCUCCAUCAAAGGGUUUCGUCAAGAACAGCUUUUACACCGGCCUUUUCCCCACCGAGUUCAUCUUUCACGCCAUGUCGGGCCGUGAAGGUCUGGUCGAUACAGCUGUCAAGACUGCUGAAACUGGCUACAUGUCUCGACGACUCAUGAAGUCACUUGAAGAUUUGUCCACGCAGUACGAUGAUACAGUGCGAACCUCGGGUGGUGGCAUUGUGCAGUUCCAGUUUGGUGCGGACAAACUCGACCCCGUCGACAUGGAAGGUUCUGCAGAGCCGGUGCAUUUCCUGCGAACCUGGACUCACGCAGAGAGCUUGACCAGGGACAAUAGCGAGGCAUCCAUGACCCCAGAAGAGAUCCGGUCCUUUUGCGACACCGUAUUGGAGACCGAACGAAAACGUUAUGUCCGACGUGGUCUCCUGCAUAAUGAAGUCUUGGACUAUGGGGACACGAGCGACUAUGGUAUCGACGAGCACGAAGGUGCCAGAGGAUUUCUCAAGGCGAUUGAGACCCACGUCGAAGGUCUGGCAUCGAAGCUGGAGCGGGUCAGAAAGCUUGCUGGAUUUGAGGGCGAUGUGAUGGUGAGGGCAACAGCUCAGGACCACGCCGACCGGACGGCCAAGGUUACCUUGUCCACACUCCGCCUUUUCAUCAAGAUGUGUCUUGACAAGUACAAGAAGGCGCACGUCGAACCCGGACAUGCUGUCGGUGCUGUCGGCGCCCAUUCUAUCGGUGAACCUGGUACUCAGAUGACACUGAAGACUUUCCAUUUCGCCGGUGUUGCUGGUAUGAGUAUCACUCAGGGUGUUCCUCGAAUCAAGGAAAUCAUCAACGCUUCCAAGACCAUCAGUACUCCAGUUAUCACAUGCCCGCUAGAAAAUAACGAACAGAUCGAAGCGGCGCGAGUGGUCAAGGGACGUAUCGAAAAGACGUACAUUUCUGACGUCUUGCGCUUUGUCGAGGAUGAAUGGCGUACCAACGAGGGCAAUGUCGUUCUCCAAAUCGAUUCAACCGCUCUUUCAGACAUGCAUCUGGGUAUUGGGCCUUAUGACAUCGCUGAGGCCAUCUGCAAGCAGCGCAAGUUGAAGGUGCAACGCGAUGAUCUGUCAAUUGACGGCGAGAGAAUUAUUGUUCGUGUGCGCGAUGUCAGCGAUUCUACAAAGAGGACAACUGCCCGAAGCAAAGCCGCUGCUGAUGACACCGGGGAUAUGCUACUACGAGCCAAUUUCCUGCGUCGUGCGCUUCCUACGGUGCCGAUUUCUGGUUAUUCCGAAGCAACUCGUGCCAUUAUCCAGACCUCGGAACAAAACACUCACACCGUCUUAGUCGAGGGUUAUGGACUUCGAGAAUGUAUGACGACGGAAGGUGUCAUCGGUAUCAAGGCCCGUUCAAACAAUGUCAUGGAAUGCCGAGAUGUUUUGGGUAUUGAGGCUGCAAGAACUACCAUCGCAGCCGAAAUCGGUGAGGUCAUGGGCGACAUGGGUAUUGAUCCGCGACACAUGCAGCUCCUGGCUGAUGUGAUGACUUACAAGGGCGAGGUACUGGGUAUUACGCGAUUUGGUUUGUCCAAGAUGAGAGACAGUGUGCUGCAACUGGCCUCGUUCGAGAAAACCCCAGAUCAUCUCUUUGAGGCUGCGGCUGGCAUGAAGACGGACCAGAUCGAAGGUGUCAGUGAAUGCAUCAUCAUGGGUCAAACGAUGAGAGUUGGAACCGGCGCCUUCCAGGUGGUUCGUCGUCUGGGUAUUCAGGGAGGAGACCUCAAACAGAAGCCGACAGCGUUUGAAGAUGCUUGGGCUGCUGAGACGGCGCUGAAGCGAAAGGCACGCCGCAAGGUUUAG